GGCGGCUGCGGCCUUGCGGGAAAAGGCUGAACAGUGACAGGGGCAGGGGGCUAUUUUAGGGGGUAGAGGGCUGAGACCGUGAGGGGAAGGGGGGUCCCCAGCGCCCAAGCCGGAGCAAGAGACGCGGAGCCCGCGCGAGCAGCGGAGACAGGGCUCCGGAGCCUCAGAUCCGGGCCCCGGCCGCCGCCAGGGGCCCCGCCCGGUCCCCCCACCCCACCCCACGUCCCUCCUGCAGCCCAGCUCCGCCCGCAGCCGCCGCGGACCAGUGGAGUGGGUCUUCAGGUUCUUCUGGAGCUGGGGUCCAGAAUUCUGGGAAAUUGAAGGAGGCAGGACUUGGGCUGCAUAGCAGGUGAGGACCAUCCCUGUGACACUAUACAGGUAACCUCAUACCAGUGACCUAAUUCUGUGACCCCAGUCCUGUGGCCUCCUGAAGGCCUGGUUCUCACCUGGGGCUCAGUUUUCUCAUGCAGUGGGUUGAGGGGCAUUCUCAACAAGGCCAGAAUAGGGAGAGACUGAUUUUUCCACAUUUACUCAGGCAGUGCGUGGGUCACCCGGCUUCGGUUUCUCUGACUAGGCUGGGCCUAGAUUUGCUUCCAGUGCCUGGUGGAGUCUGACCUCGGUUUCCCCAAAUGCUCUCACCUGGGUAGCCAGGCCUGGUUUCCUGAGAGCAAUGGGUUUCAGUAUAUCCUGCGCCAUGAUCAGAGUGGACGGGCCUCAGUUUCUUCUGUGCAAUGCCUGGGUUGCCCCGCCGUAGUUUCCGCUAUGUAGUGUCUGAGUGGCGGUGCCUCAGUUUCUCUGCCUGUGUCUUGAAGAGGCUGGUCUCUGUUCCCUAUCCCCUCCCCGCACCCGCAGGCCAGCACCGCCGCCAUGAUGUGCGAGGUGAUGCCCACCAUCAGCGAGGAUGGCCGGCGGGGCUCGGCGCUGGGCCCGGACGAGGCAGGCGGCGAGCUGGAGCGCCUCAUGGUCACCAUGCUCACGGAGCGCGAGCGCCUGCUCGAGACUCUGCGCGAGGCGCAGGACGGGCUGGCUACGGCGCAGCUGCGGCUGCGCGAGCUGGGCCACGAGAAGGACUCGCUGCAGCGCCAGCUCAGCAUCGCGCUGCCCCAGGAGUUUGCGGCUCUGACGAAGGAGCUGAACUUAUGUCGGGAGCAGCUGCUGGAGAGGGAGGAAGAGAUUGCAGAACUGAAGGCGGAGCGGAACAACACGCGGCUUCUCCUGGAACACCUGGAGUGCCUGGUGUCCAGGCACGAGAGAUCACUGCGCAUGACCGUGGUGAAGCGCCAGGCCCAGUCCCCGGGCGGGGUCUCUUCCGAGGUGGAGGUGCUCAAGGCUCUAAAAUCCCUUUUCGAGCACCACAAGGCCCUGGAUGAGAAGGUCCGGGAGCGGCUGCGGAUGGCGCUGGAGCGGGUGGCAGUGCUAGAGGAGGAGUUGGAGCUGAGCAAUCAGGAGACUCUGAACCUUCGAGAGCAGCUGUCUAGGCGCCGGUCGGGGCUGGAGGAACCUGGCAAGGAUGGGGAUGGGCAGACCCUUGCCAACGGCCUGGGUCCCGGCGGGGAUUCGAACCGGCGCACAGCGGAGCUGGAGGAGGCCCUGGAGCGGCAGCGUGCGGAGGUGUGCCAGCUGCGGGAGCGCCUGGCGGUGUUGUGCCGCCAGAUGAGCCAGCUGGAGGAGGAGCUGGGCACCGCCCACCGCGAGCUGGGUAAGGCCGAGGAAGCUAACGCCAAGCUCCAGCGCGACCUCAAGGAGGCCUUGGCGCAGCGGGAAGAUAUGGAGGAGCGGAUCACGACCCUGGAGAAGCGCUACCUGAGUGCCCAGCGCGAGGCCACGUCUCUGCACGACGCCAAUGACAAGCUGGAGAACGAGUUGGCCAGCAAGGAGUCGCUGUACCGGCAGAGUGAAGAGAAGAGCCGUCAGCUGGCCGAGUGGCUGGACGACGCCAAGCAGAAGCUGCAGCAGACUCUGCAGAAAGCAGAGACCUUGCCCGAGAUAGAGGCGCAGCUGGCCCAGCGCGUGGCGGCGCUCAAUAAGGCUGAGGAACGUCAUGGAAAUUUUGAGGAACGGCUUCGGCAGUUGGAGGCUCAGUUGGAGGAGAAGAACCAGGAGCUACAGCGGGCCCGGCAGCGGGAGAAGAUGAACGAUGACCACAAUAAGCGGCUUUCCGAGACAGUGGACAAGCUGCUGAGCGAGUCCAACGAACGGUUACAGCUUCACCUCAAGGAGCGCAUGGGCGCGCUGGAGGAGAAGAACUCACUGAGUGAGGAGAUUGCCAACAUGAAGAAGCUUCAGGAUGAGUUGCUGCUCAACAAGGAGCAGCUCUUGGCGGAGAUGGAACGGAUGCAGAUGGAGAUCGACCAGCUUCGGGGGAGGCCACCAUCCACCUACUCCAGGUCUCUCCCUGGCAGUGCCCUGGAGCUCCGUUACUCCCAGGCACCCACCUUACCUUCGGGCGCCCACCUGGACCCCUAUGGGGCUGGCAGUGGCCGGGCAGGCAAGAGGGGCCGCUGGUCGGGGGUCAAGGAUGAGCCCUCCAAGGAGUGGGAGCGGUCUGCUCCUGCAGGGUCCAUGCCACCCCCAUUCCCUGGGGAGCUGGAUGGCUCAGACGAGGAGGAAGCAGAGGGAAUGUUUGGGGCUGAGCUGCUCUCCCCGAGUGGGCAGGCCGAUGUGCAGACACUGGCCAUCAUGCUUCAGGAGCAGCUGGAGGCCAUCAACAAGGAGAUCAAGCUAAUCCAAGAGGAGAAGGAGACAACAGAACAAAGGGCAGAGGAGCUGGAGAGCCGGGUGUCUGGCUCUGGCCUGGACUCGCUGGGCCGCUACCGAAGUAGCUGCUCACUGCCCCCCUCCCUAACCACCUCUACCCUUGCCAGCCCCUCCCCUCCCAGCUCUGGCCACUCAACACCCCGCCUGGCACCCCCUAGCCCUGCCCGUGAGGGCACCGACAAAGCUAAUCAUGUCCCCAAGGAGGAAGCUGGGGCCCCACGAGGGGAAGGGCCAGCCAUCCCUGGAGACACCCCACCUCCCACUCCCCGCUCUGCUCGCCUUGAGAGAAUGACCCAGGCCUUGGCACUGCAGGCGGCAUCCUUGGAAGAUGGGGGCCCCUCACGGGGAAGUGAGGGCACCCCAGAUUCCCUGCACAAAGCCCCUAAGAAGAAGAGCAUCAAGUCAUCCAUAGGCCGUCUCUUUGGCAAGAAGGAGAAGGGGCGGAUGGGACCACCAGGCCGGGAUAGCUCUUCUCUGGCUGGAACACCCUCAGACGAGACAUUGGCCACUGACCCUCUGGGGUUAGCCAAGCUGACAGGCCCAGGAGACAAGGACCGAAGGAACAAGAGGAAGCAUGAACUUCUGGAGGAAGCCUGCCGCCAGGGCCUGCCCUUUGCUGCCUGGGAUGGGCCCACCGUGGUCUCCUGGCUGGAGCUGUGGGUAGGCAUGCCUGCGUGGUAUGUGGCCGCCUGCCGGGCCAACGUCAAGAGUGGCGCCAUCAUGGCCAACUUGUCAGACACAGAGAUCCAGCGCGAGAUCGGCAUCAGCAACCCACUGCACCGGCUCAAGCUGCGCCUCGCCAUCCAGGAGAUGGUCUCGCUCACCUCGCCCUCGGCUCCCGCCUCCUCCCGCACGUCCACAGGAAACGUGUGGAUGACACAUGAGGAGAUGGAGUCACUUACGGCCACGACCAAGCCUAUCCUGGCAUAUGGCGACAUGAACCAUGAAUGGGUGGGGAACGACUGGCUGCCCAGCCUGGGGCUGCCCCAAUACCGAAGCUACUUCAUGGAGUCGCUGGUGGAUGCCCGCAUGUUAGAUCAUCUUAACAAGAAGGAGCUCCGGGGCCAACUCAAGAUGGUGGACAGCUUCCACAGGGUGAGUCUGCAUUAUGGUAUCAUGUGCCUGAAGCGCCUCAACUAUGACCGGAAGGACUUGGAGCGGAGGCGGGAAGAAAGUCAGACCCAGAUCCGAGACGUGAUGGUGUGGUCCAAUGAGCGGGUCAUGGGUUGGGUGUCCGGGCUGGGCCUGAAGGAAUUCGCCACGAACCUCACGGAGAGCGGGGUGCACGGGGCGCUGCUCGCCCUGGACGAGACCUUCGACUACUCCGACCUGGCCUUGCUCCUGCAGAUCCCCACGCAGAAUGCGCAGGCCCGGCAGCUCCUGGAGAAGGAAUUCAGCAACCUCAUUUCCUUAGGCACAGACAGGCGGCUGGACGAGGACAGCGCCAAGUCCUUCAGCCGCUCCCCAUCCUGGCGGAAAAUGUUUCGAGAGAAGGACCUCCGAGGCGUAACCCCUGACUCAGCUGAGAUGUUGCCCCCUAACUUUCGUUCGGCCGCUGCAGGGGCCCUGGGUUCGCCAGGGCUCCCUCUCCGCAAGCUGCAGCCGGAAGGCCAGAGUUCUGGGAGUUCCCGGGCAGACGGCGUCUCCGUCCGGACCUAUUCCUGCUAGUGUAGACCUCCAGGUGACCUCACUCGGAUGGAAGAAGCUUCCAGAGGCUGGGCUUUUCCCCCUCCCGCCCAGAGUACGGUCUGGCCAGGGAGAGCGGGCGGGGGCGCUAGCGCCGCGGACUGGACCAUCUGCACAGACAAGCGGGGGGCACGCGUCCCCGCCUCACACAUGGACUGGGCCUGGACCAAACCACAUGAACUGGACUGAGAGGGGGAAAGAAGAGGGCGGGAAGAAAUCCCGCUCCGAACUUCCGCCUCCCUUUUCUUUACUUUGUAAUUUAUUGAUCAGUUUCCGAUGGGAGAUGGAGGCCCUUUCCCCGCGGGAAGGGGGCGGGGCUUCCCUCCCGGGCCGCAUGCGGGGAGAGGCUGCCCCCUCUCCUGUCUCCUCCCCAGUCGCGGGGCCCAAGUCUUCCUUCUUCGUCCGAAAGGAGGGGAGGGGGGACUCGCUGCUACAAGCCUCGCCCCCUGUGCCGCUCAGCCCCGCCCCGCCGCGUCCCGUCGCCGGUGCCUGGGGUCAGCUGCGGGCGGGGCCCCCUCUCCAUCCCCAGUGUCUCGUGUCCCCGGGGCCCCUCCGCCCCCCGUGCUGUGGCCGUGUCCGUGCCCCGGGGGUAGGGGGCGCAGAAGUGCGCUCCCCGUUCCCCUCCGGCUCCGGGGUUUGCAUGGGAGAAUCCUCUUUCCACGAUGCCACUGGGCGACGUGGCGUGGGGGAAGGGAGGAUGGUGGGGGAGCCCUCGCCCCCGACUCUUGGUCGGCCUCCCUGCCCCAGGCGUCACUCAGUGAUCACGGGUAAAGAGAACUGUUUCAAAAA